CUGUCUCCCACAUCUAUAUAAUAUUCUCCUCCCUCUCUCAUGUUAAAUAGAUUACACUUCAACAAAAGCUGUGUGUGCAUAUCUUUGGGUCGGCUUAGAGCAAUUAAACCCACACAUUGUGAGCACCUAACUGGAGGAAUCUAAUUGCAACUACCACCAAGCCCAGCCUAGCCCACCAGUCUGGAGUCUGGACAUCAAAUUGACUUCCACGAAAGAGUUCCUUAGAAGCUCCAGGACAAGCAGCAGCAGCAGCAGUCCCGUCUGACCCAACUGGAUCAUUGUACACUCGGCUGCACCCUGGUGCGUUUUUUCUUUGCAGGAGACAGGAGCCUCACCGAGAGCUCCGUACACCGGUUCCCAAGCUGUCUCUUCGGCUGCUUCCCGCGUUUAUUAUGGACAAUGACGAGGACGAUGAUGGGAACUUCACCAAGUGGAUGAGCAGCUACUGGGGGCAUGGGGAAGGGGACGAGCAUGCCAAAGAUAGGAAGAGAAGUUUUAGGAGGCCCUCACGCUACAAAGCUGAUCGCCGUGCCUCUCUGCCCUGCAUGUCUCAGCUAGAAGCAAUGCAGGUGAAUCAUCACCAUGCUAACACCAUGGCCCCUGGCCCUGCCCACCUAAAGGGCCGUGAGGAGAAGGAGGUGCACUCUCAUCCUCGUGCCCGCCGUGUAUCUUCAGACGAAAACAGCCGAACCAAAGCGGUGGGACCUGAAUGUCACAUCAGCACCAUUCCAGAGCUCACUGAGUGCUUAGAGAAGAGGCUACGUCUCAAUAACCAGAAGGGUGAUGCAGAUAGCAUAUGUCUUAUUUGCCAUGAAGGACUACGGAAUGGAAGGGGUGGCAUCCAAGAACUUCACUGUGGCCAUCAUUUUCAUAAAGAGUGCAUUGAGAAAUGGCUUUGGCAGAAACAGUCCUGUCCCUCCUGUCGAGUUCAUGUGACCAUUCCUGAGCCCCUCUACUGGUCCUCUGCUCGUGUGCAGUUUCCCUGAAAAUAUCCAUUUUUCAUCACUGCAUGUCUGCUUAUAACCUGUGACCCUGGACACUGAUUUUGUGUGUUUAUAUGUGAAUAAAAAAGACCACCUUCUCGAGGUGGAAGCGAGGAUGUGUGUAGCAGUCCUGCAUGAUUAUGUCUUUUGCUUGCACACACUGCCUAUAAGACCAUUUUGAAAGUGCAUCCUUUAGUCUAUGAAUCUCGAGAGCUUUGUCUUUAUUUGUUUGUGACCCUCCUUUUCCAUCUUUCUUGCAUAUUUUCCUCUGUGGUUUGGUGAGGACAGGAAGUUUGGAUAAGCUGAAAACCAUGCAUGCGAAGUGUCUGACCACAGAGCCUUUUUGGUUUUCUCUUUUUUCAUAUCUCAUGUAUUGCACAAAGCACAUCUGAAUUAUCCGUUAACGUACACAUGCCAAAUUCAAAGGCAGAGAAUUUUAGACUCUGUCCAACAUAUUGUGAUGUUUCUAUAAUGAUCAGAAAUGUAAAUUUCAAAGAUG